ACUCAUUCCAAAAUUAAAAUAUGAACGUGCAAACGGAACCUUUGGAUUUAUCAACUAAGAAUCGUCCAAAGAUAGUCAACAUCAUAGACCUGAAGUUCCUAGCUGGUUUGAACGAGCAUCUAGUACAGUUAUACGAGCGGACAAGCUUCAAGGAGAGACACCGCAAUGUGCUGCCCUGCCAGGUCUGCUUGAAGACUUUCGACAGACCUUCGCUGUUGAAGAGGCAUAUGAGGACACAUACUGGUGAGAAGCCGCACGUGUGUCCGGUGUGCAACAAGGGGUUCAGCACGUCUAGCUCCCUCAACACGCACCGCAGGAUUCACACUGGUGAGAAGCCGCACAAGUGCGGGGAGUGCGGCAAGUGUUUCACGGCCAGCUCCAACCUCUACUACCAUCGUAUGACGCAUACCAAGAACAAACCUCACAAAUGCACCUGGUGUCCCCGUUCGUUCCCCACGCCGGGAGAACUGAGAGUCCACCUGGGGGGACAUUCACACAGGGGACUGUCCCAUAUGGAGGGACAAAGGGACAUGUCCCACCCAGGGCCACAUACAAGAUUGUCCAACCAAGGGGGACAAAGGGAAAUUUCUUUGGUGCAAAGAGAACACAAAGAUUCUCAAACCAACUACCAAUAUCUCGACUAUAACUACAACAUAGCUAGUGAAAAAUAA